CGAGAUUUUCCUUUCCAACGAUUUGCAUUUGAUUCAAGAGUUAGUAGCAAUGAGCGACUUGGAUUAUACUGAAAUAACCUUAGAUAUGCCUACUGACUGGGUGCGCAUUGAAAGGUCACGAGAAAUUGCGUCGCGGAUCAAGGAGCAAAUGAAUACAAUGCUAAAGAGACAGCCAAGUUCAUUUAUCAGCAAAGUAAUGAGUGAACUGAUGCAAAGUGAUGAUGAUAUGGCAACUAUAAUUGGCAACAGAAAGAUGCGUGGUCUGAUGGAAAAGCUGUUCAGUUCAUCAUCAGCGGAUGAUAUACAAUUUGGUGCCAACGAAAAGAUGCAUGAACUGAUGGAAACUGAUUUUAAUCCUUCUCUGAUAUCAGAAAAGAAGUUCAGUUCUUCAUCAGUUGAUCAGGAUGCGCCGUUUAGUGGGAACACGGUACGUAUUAUGUAUUAUGAGUUGUACCAAGCGGUUCGUGAUAAAAAUGCAGAUGCAGAUAAAUUUGUUUCUGUGUUGGAGCAAGUAUGUUUACUAAAUGGGGUCGAUUUGGCUGCCAUUUUCAAUCAAGUCACUCCCACUGGUGAUUCAUUGCUUCAUGCUGCAGCUGAAUGUGGGAAUGAAGAAGUUGUGAGGCUCAUUGCUUUUCACUAUCCUAAGCUUCUCUGUAAGACAAAUCUGAAAGGGGAUACCCCACUUCAUGUUGCUGCAAGAGCUAAGAAUAUUUUUGCAAUCAAGAGCAUCCUCAACACGUAUAAACAUGAAAUGAUAUCUGAGGAGGAUGAAUCGAAGGAUAAAGCAGAGUUUAUAAUGUCACGCAAUAAUUAUGGAAGGACAGCUUUGCAUGAAGCUGUUUUGAGCAAGGAUCUUUCUGUGGUUUUUUUCCUUUUACUUUCACACAGCCAAAGUGAUUUGGCCGCUUAUUGGACAUGGAACUCCAGUUAUGGUUGCAAAUCACCAAUGUACUUGGCUGUCUUGACAGGGACUAAAGAUAUUCUUCAUCUUCUCUUGAAAAAAAUUCCAAUCCCCUCAGGCCGGGCCAUUUCAAACGGAGACUCUCCACUUCAAGCAGCAAUAUCCGAGCGAAAUAAUGCUCUAUUGAAGAAGAUAGUGGAUACAAGAGAAGAGCUAAUGCAUCAAAGAGAUGAGAAGAACAAUACUCCCCUUCAUUAUGCAGCAUACAUGGGUUACCUCGGAGGAGUUUGUACAAUGUUAGAAAAAUCUCCCACGAUUGCUUUUCAACGAAACUCAGAUGGCAAUCUUCCAAUUCACCUUGCUUGCAAAAAAGGCCAUGUUCAGGUGGUCAACAAGUUGCUUGAAACAGAGUGGUCUAAUGCUGGAGUUUUCUUGAAUAGUAAAGGUCAGAACAUUCUUCACAUUGCAGCAAUGAAGGGACAAACUGAUAUGAUAAAAUAUCUACUGAAGAACCCCAAGAUUCAUCAUGACACUCUCAAUGAGAGAGAUGUAAAUGGAGAUACCCCGUUACAUUUCGCUUCAAGAAAACUUAGUCUUUGGACCCUACUCCUUCUGUCACGACACAACAUGAUCAAGGUAAACCUUGUCAAUAACGAAGGUUUAACAGCUCGAGACGUUGUUCGGAUGCAGUGUAAAAUUCCAAUGACACGUCAAGAGCUAGGAACUUCUUUUCCUGAUAAAAUAAUAUAUAUUUUUCUAGCCGAUGCAAUUUUGGAAAGUGCUGGUGUGCCCUUGAAGGCAAAUAUGCUGGGCAUAUCACGCACAACAUCUACCAAUAAAGAAUGGAACGUGAAGGACGCAGCCAACACACUGAUGCUUGUGGCCAUACUGAUAGCCACAGUGACAUUUACGGCUGGUUUCACAGUACCAGGUGGGUUUUACUCAUCGGAUGAUCCACUUGCAAAACAGAGGGGCAUGGCACUUUUAGUUGAUCAAAAACUAUUCAAUAUAUUCAUGGCUUUCAAUACCAUUGCUAUGUACAGUUCCACCAUUGGUUCUGUUGUUCUACUGUGGGUCCCGCUAGGUGAUCUUCGUUUUGCUGAAGGAGCAUAUGAACUUGCUAAGAUUUUUGUUUAUGUGGCUCUCGUAACCAUGCCUGCGGCAUUUUUAGCUGCUAUACGUUUGGUUGUUAGUAACAACACGUUGCUUGCAGAUGUUAUAAGUGUCAUUGGAUUCGCCUCCAUUUUCAUCAUCUUAUUUGCUCGUAUUUUAGGAAGGUUUCCACUUAGAACUCGUCUUCCUUUUUUUCGUCAAAUUGGAGACUUCUUCAUUAGAAUUAUUCUUGUGUCAUUUUAUGGAUGGAGUGACCUUUUGAUUGGCGAUCAAGUCAGUCAAGCCAACCAAGUCGGUCAAGCGAGCCAAGUCAAUGAAACAUUUGCUAUUGAUAUCGAUGAUGACAAUGGUGAUGCAGCCAGUAGCCACUUUUCAGAUACAAAUGUUCACCGGUUAUGUCCAUGCUUUUAGUUUCAUGAUGUUCACAUAAAAUUUUGUAAUUCAUGCAUGUGAUAUAUGUAUUAUAUAUAUAUAUAUAUCAAUUAUAUAUAAAUCAUGCACUUGAUUAUGUACUUGAGUCAUUGGGAAAAAGGUCAAGAAAGAGUGUUUGACUAUAUGUUUUGAUGAUAA